GGGAAAACGUAAAGUUCUUCUUCUUCGUGAAGAAGCUGCCGAUUUUAGAAAAAAGGAAACGACGAAGAAGUAAGUUAUUUGCUCAUUCAUAGAUUUUGGAUUAGACGUAUUUGAUUCUUCAUUCUUUGGAUCAUCUUAGGUGUUAUCAUUAAAGUCUCGAGCUUGCAGAUCUAUUUGAGCUCCUAGGUCAAUCAAUGGGAGCAGUGGCUGCGUGGCUUGCUACAGAGAACGCAGCAGAGCAACUGAGACUUUGAAGGACCCUCCUCCUCCACCUUUUAAUAAUAAUUCCACAGCUCCAAACGUCUCUGAGGACUUUUGGUCAACAAGCACGGUUGAUAUGGACAACAUCACCUUCCCUUCUCAGGGUAGCAUCUCAUCAUCCAACCAAACUUCUGAUUCUCAGUCUGCUGCUAGGAACUCAAAUGCACCUCCUGAGUUUGUAAACCAAGGUCUUCUUCUUUGGAAUCAGACACGAGAGCGUUGGGUGGGGAAGGAAAGAGCCAGUAAUUCACCGGAACGCAAGCAAGGAGCCAAGAUAAAUUGGAACGCAGCAUCGUAUGAUAGCUUGCUGGGGAGCAACAAGUUAUUUCCCCAACCCAUUCCUCUCAGUGAGAUAGUGGAUUUUCUAGUGGAGGUUUGGGAACAAGAUGGUCUAUAUGACUGAUGAACAAAGACUUGAAAGACACACACAAACACACACACUAGUCCGAUUAUUUUGUAUUGGUUUGGUUUAUGAUCUGCCUUGUUGUACCAUUUUCACUUGGAAUUGUUGGAAAAGAAACCGGGAAUGUUCAUCAGUAAAUGAGAAAUUUUAUUGUUGUACCA